AGUUGAACGAGGCUGAACGUGCGAGCAAAACCCGAACGGAACACGGUUUCUUGUCCGAAUAUUGAGACGCGGAACGAUGAGACUCCAGGAAGCGGCGCUCCUCUGCGCCGUCUUGACCAUCGUAACAGUGCAUAGUCAAAAGAGCAAAAAGGACGAGGAUAAGAAAGACGAGGAGUUCAGGUGUCCAGAAGGCCAGGGUAAUGGCAACUUCGCCGAUCCGGCAACAUGCAGAAGAUUUUAUCAGUGCGUUGAUGGAUACCCGUAUCUGAACCGAUGUCCAUCAGGCUUGCACUUUGACGACAUCAGCAAGUUUUGCACUUUCAAAAACGAGGCGCGAUGCGGACCCAUCGAGACUACACCAGCACCAAUAACCGAGCCACCCACGGAUUUAGCCGAGCGUUGCGACACGGCGAACUGCCAGCUUCCAUAUUGUUUCUGUUCCAGAGACGGUACGAUCAUUCCCGGCGGUCUUCAACCAGAGGAGACGCCACAAAUGAUAAUAAUGACGUUCGAUGGUGCGAUAAAUCACAACAACUUCGAUCACUAUCAGAAGAUAUUUACCCAAGAUCGUCUGAAUCCUAAUAAUUGCCCGUUAAGGGGCACGUUUUUCAUCUCUCACGAGUAUUGCAAUUAUAAUAUGGUCCAGAGCUUGGCGCACGACGGUCAUGAAGUUGCGACCGAGACGAUCUCACUUCAGAAAGGCUUGGAGGACAAGGGCUACGAAGAAUGGGUAGGCGAGAUGAUCGGGAUGCGUGAAAUACUGAAACGUUUCAGUAACAUUUCGACCAGUGAAGUGGUUGGUAUGCGAGCGCCUUACUUAAAACCUGGUCGCAACACUCAGUACAAGGUGCUUGAGGACUUUGGAUACAUAUACGACAGUAGUAUAGGAAUCUCGCCAUUAAAGGUGCCGAUCUGGCCAUAUACUCUCGAUUAUAAGAUCCCGCACGAAUGUAAGGCGGGCACCUGUCCCACCAAAUCCUUCCAAGGUAUUUGGGAGCUACCCCUAAAUGCGCAUUAUGUGGAGAGUUAUGAAGGUGGACAUUGUCCUUAUUUGGAUCAAUGUGUGCUUCACAAUCAUGAUCCCGAAGAAGUAUUCGAGUGGUUGCAAGAGGAUUUUAAUAGAUAUUACGAACAGAACAGAGCGCCAUACAUGAUGCCCUUCCAUACUAAUUGGUUCCAAAUUAAGGAGCUUGAACGCGGUCUGUCGAAAUUUCUCGAUUGGGUGGUAACACUACCAGAUGUUUACUUUGUAACAGCCACGCAAGCAUUAACAUGGAUGACUGAUCCAAAACCGAUUAAAGCUCUGCAUAAUUUCGAAGGAUGGUCAUGUAAGAAGAAAGAGAACUUGCCAGGUCCACCAUGCAACAAUCCACAUAAGUGCGCUUUAGACUUUAAACCUGCCGAAGCAAAUUUCACAACAACGAGGUAUAUGGAAACAUGUAGAGAAUGCCCAAAUAAGUACCCCUGGUUAGGAGAUUCUAAGGGUACAGGACUAUACAAUGACAAUUAUAAUCCUGAAAAGAAAUAGAAACCUCAUUUAAUUGAAUUAGAUUUAAUUCUAGCGCAAGCAGAUCGCGUUUCGUCCAUUGUUAUCAAAAUGAAUGUUGUGCAUACAUGAUAAAUCUGUUAUCAACCACAUCAAGCAUCUUACUUUUUUCAGUAUUGGAACAAUUGGAACAAUUUUAUGAAAUAUUAAUUCGUAUCUUUCAGAUGUAUAUAAACUUAUACUGCUAUUCUUACAUAGAGUAUAUACUCGACAAUCAUUCACAAGCAUCGAUAACAUUAAGUGUAUACUACUCAAUCUGAAAGAAAAAAUAAAAUGUUUUGAUGCUA